AUGGCUCAGGAGUACAAACUCAACGGCAUCGCGUCCCUAGCGGACGUAAAGGACCUGGACAAGCUCGAGGUUGAGGUCGAGGGCAUCCAGGAGGGCAAGGUCCUUCUUGUCAACUACGACGGCCAGGUCCACGCCAUGACCCCCAAGUGCACACAUUACGGCGCCCCCUUGAAACUGGGUGUCGUGGCGCCGGAUGGUAGAAUCACUUGUCCUUGGCAUGGAGCUUGCUUCAAUGUUGUGAGUGGUGAUGUGGAAGAUGCGCCGGCUCCAAACGCCUUGAAGAAGUUCGAGGUGUUUGAGAAGAAUGGCGCCGUCUACAUCAACGCGGAGGAGGCGGACAUCAAGGCCUCACAGAGAAACCCGGCGAUCAAGUGCAGUGCUUCUUCCCCGGAAAAGCUAGUUAUCGUUGGCGGUGGAAGUGGUGCUUUUGGCAUUGUUAAGGCGAUCCGCGACCUCAAGUACAAGGGUGCUGUCACUAUCAUCAGCAGUGAACCGAAUCUCAUCAUCGACCGCACGAAGCUGUCCAAGGCAUUGAUCGCUGAUCCGGCCAAGAUUCAGUUGCAUCCGGAGGACUGGUACAAAGAGGCGUCCAUCGACGUGGCCCAUGAUGAUGUGACUGGAGUCGACUUUGAAAAGAAGACAGUGGCCACCAAGUCUGGCAAGUCUUACCCCUACACCAAGCUGGUUCUUGCGACGGGAGGCGUGCCGCGCACUCUCCCUUUGGAAGGGUUCAAAGACCUCGGAAAUAUCUUCGUGCUCCGUACCAUUCCGGACGUGCAGGCCAUCCACAAGGCACUGGGCGGGCAGAAGAACAAGAAGAUCGUCGUCAUCGGCAGCUCCUUCAUCGGGAUGGAGGUGGGCAACUGCCUCGCCAAAGACAACGACGUCACCAUCGUCGGCAUGGAGAAGGCCCCAAUGGAGCGCGUCAUGGGCGAGCAGGUCGGCCGCAUCUUCCAGGGUAACCUGGAGAAGGCGGGCGUCAAGUUCAAGCUGUCUGCCAGCGUGUCCAAGGCGACGCCCUCCAGCACAGAUUCCAGCAAGGUCGGGGCCGUCCACCUGCAGGACGGUACAGAGCUUCCUGCGGAUCUGGUCAUCCUCGGCGUGGGUGUGCGUCCGGCCACCGACUUCCUGCAAGGCAACUCAGCCAUUACCUUGGAGAAGGAUGGAUCCAUCAAGACCAAUGAGCAUUUCGCAGUCCCCGGUCUGAACGAUGAAGUCUUUGCGAUUGGCGACAUCGCGACCUACCCGUACCACGGACCGGGAGCUGACCAGGAGAAGGGCACAUAUACCCGCAUCGAGCACUGGAACGUGGCCCAGAAUGCCGGUCGGGGGGUGGCUCGGGCUAUUUCUCACACGGGAUCGCUGCAGUCCCUCAAGCCCAAGGCCUUUAUCCCGAUCUUCUGGUCCGCCCUGGGCGCCCAGCUGCGGUAUUGCGGAAGCACUGUGGGCGGAUGGGACGAUCUGGUGCUGAAGGGCGAGCCUGAGAACAGCAAGUUCGUCGCAUAUUACUGCAAGGGCGACACCGUGGUGGCUGUAGCGACGAUGGGCGUAGACCCAGUGAUGGUGAAGAGCGCGGAACUGAUGCGGCGGAAAAACAUGCCGACCAAGUCGGAGAUCCAGAGUGGCGUGGAUGUGUUGACUGUGGGCGUGCCUGAGCAUGUGAAGAUAUAG